AUGGGGAAUCUGAUCAGCAUCAUGAUUUGGUGCUCUGCCCGCGGUAGCUCCUUCAUUUGCGGGGAGAAGAGUCACGUCUUCCUGUGUGAAGAAGGUGGCGCUGCACAAUUCGGGGGGGUGAGCCCCUUUCCUGUGCCUCAUAGCGAGGCGGAUGGGAGUUUGAGCCUGGAGAGCCUCCGGAAGGCCAUCGUUGAGGAGUCGAGUGAUGCAAGCCUCGCUCAGCUCAUUACGUUGGAAAAUCCGGUCGACCGGUGCGGGGGCCGCGUGUUGAGCACCACUUACCUUGAGUCUGUGGCUGCCCUCGCGCACGAGCACGGGUUAAAGCUCCACCUGGAUGGCUCUCGCAUCUGGAACGCGGCGGUGGCGGCGGGGGUGGACGUGAAGGAGAUGACCAAGCACGCCGACAGUGUCACUGUCUGCAUGUCCAAGGGGCUUGGGGCACCCGCCGGUUCGCUCUUGGUCGGGUCGCGCGCCUUCACCGAGAAGGCCCGCAAGCUCCGGAAGGCUCUGGGCGGGGCCAUGCGCCAGGUGGGCGUGCUGGCGGCGGCGGGACUGGUGGCGCUCAAACGGACCUUGCCGCGCCUGGCGGAGGACCACGAGAACGCGAGGCGACUGGCCAAAGGGCUCUCCACCCUCCCCGGCCUGAAAGUUAACGUGGAAGCGGUCGAGACCAACAUCGUGAUGAUAGACUUCGAGGACCGGCUCCCGCUGUCCCCGCCCGAGCUCCUGGAGGAGCUAGAGCGGAGGAACGUGCUUGCACUUGCGGUGGGUCCCCGACGGAUCCGGAUGGUGACCCACUACGACGUUUCGGAGGGGGACAUCAAGAAAGCCAUCACGGUCUUCGAGAAG